ACCUAUUAGAUACAUUGCUAUGCGAGAAGGAGGGAAUUUGAUUUCGGAUUUUUUUGAUGAGAAUAUCGCUAUUGACGGUCACCAUAUUCUUGUAGAGGAGGAUGUAUAUGGUUAUUAUAACUAG